GAUCCAGGUUAAAGAUUUAGUGCAAACCAUUUCGAAGUGACGAUGAUGUCUCUUGAAGUAUUCUGUACUCUAAUUUUGGGUAUCACCCCUGCAUUUGGAGGAGGUUAUUUUCUAGGCAGUUCCCAAGGCGUUCCUUUCCCUCAUCAUUAUGGUAAGGACAACUACUGUGCUAAUGGUGGCCCAGUUUCGUUCCGACCUCGUUUUGGAGUAUCCAUUCCAAACUGUGAUCCACCACCGGGGCCAAUCGAUGGGUGUAUAAUGAUAAAUAUAAAUAUCUUUUUACCCCGUCCUUACCAAUGCCUGAACAAUGGUUUUGUUAGUGGAUACUCGGCAGUUCCUAGGGAUAGAUACGGAGAUGUGGCAGUUAAGUGUUGUAAAGCACUAGGUGUCACCUAUAACCCGAAAGAAUGCGUUCAGUAUUUUCGAGUGGAGGAUCCAAAAUACCCGUCUCCAACUAAACCCGGAUAUUAUCUAGUUGGAUCCAUUCCUCUUUUUCUUCCUCAGGGAAAAAUUGGUUUUUACAACACAGAAUGUCUAUUCCGCAGAAGCCAAGCCUUCAAUUUGCAAAUCUUUUAAAGGGAAGUUAAAACGUUUACAAUUAGAUUUUAUAUGUUU